AUGGCGAGACCCAACCAGGAAGCAAUCGAUACAUUCAUCAGCAUCACCGGCGCCACCGAAUCCGUCGCCGUCCAGAAACUCGAGGAGCAUGCAGGUGAUCUCAAUGCAGCUGUCAAUGCCCAUUUCAGUGAAGGAGACAGAAGCAGCUUCAAUGCGCCAUCUGUCCCUGCUCGCGAAGAUGACAUGAUGGAUAUAGAUGAUGAUCCAAUUGAAACUGCACCGGCCAGGAGACAUCCCUUGUCUCUUCUCUCUGAUCCAGGUCUUACAAACCCAUUCUCACUCCUCGAUCCACAAUUUCCGAGAAGCUUGUUUGGUGGUGUUUCGGAUGUUGGGAAUCGUGCCCCAUUUGUUACACAACCAAGACAAGUGAGAGAGAUACCGAUAGAGGUCAAGGACAACCCUGAUACUUCUGGUCGGUCAGGUCAUGGCCCUGUUAUCGAGGAUGUUACUGGAACUGAUUUGGCAGAUGAAACUGGUGUCCAUGGGACUGUAAUUGUUGAUGUUGAAGAUGAUGAUGUUAUUCUUCCUGGACCCAAUGCAAAUGCUGCCGUUAACCGAGACAGGCAAUAUGUAGAUGUUCUAGGUGUCAGUCAUGAGGGACCAAGGCCUGGAGCACCAGUACUUAAUAAUUCACUGGAAUAUAGCAAUGACAUAGAAGAAGAGAUGGUUAGGGCUGCCAUUGAGGCUUCAAAACGUGAGGCUGGGGGAUUAGGUGAUCCUGGACCUUGGCAAAGCCAAUAUCAUUCUGGCGGUGAUGAAUUAGAUCAUGCAGUUUCAUUGUCCAUGAAGGCUGCCGAGCAGGAAAAUGCAUUGCGUGAGGGGAAGGGCAAGGUUGGAGUGUCAGAAGUAGGAGCCUCUGAGCCUGAGACUGCAAUAGGGGCUUCAAAUGGGAGGUUAGAGACAGGCGGAUCAUCUUUCCAAGAUGAAGUCGAAGAAGAUGUGGAGGAGCAACCUCUCAUCCGGUAUAGGUCAAGACAUACAUCUUCUAGCUCUCUGGAGUCUGCCAAAGAUGGGGUUACUGAGGCUGACCAACCGUUAAGUGCCAUAGAGAGUAACAAUGCAAGCAGUGAAACAGGGAUUAAUGGAAAUGCUUUUCCUGCUGAGUGGGGCGGCAUUUCUUCUGAGGAACAUGAUGAAGCAGUGAUGCUUGAGGCAGCAAUGUUCGGUGGAAUUCCUGAAGCAUCCGGAUAUCAAUACCCUUAUGCACCUCAUCAGUUCAUGCAAAGAGAAGGCGGCCCUAUCCAUAGGCCAGCACCACGUCCUCCAUCACCUUCUCUACAAGCUCAACGUUCGAUCCGUGAGCAACAGGAUGAUGAGUAUCUUGCAUCAUUGGCUGCUGAUCGAGAGAAAGCUGAAUCACGUCGUUUGGAAGAGGAAGCAGCGAGGGCAGCUGCGCUUGAACAAGAGAAACUGAAAGAGGAAGAAAAUCGUAGGAAGUUGGAGGAAGCACAGGAAAUAGAGAGACAAUUGGCUGCCAAGGAAGCUUCACUACCGCAGGAGCCAACUCCAGAUGAAGAAAAUGCUGUUACGCUCUUGGUGCGUACCCCUGAUGGUGCCCGCCAUGGACGUCGGUUUCUCAAGUCAGACCGCUUGCAGUCCCUUUUUGACUUCAUUGAUGUCACUAGAGUGGUGAAGCCCGGCACUUACAGAUUGGUGAGGCCGUACCCUAGGCGAGCCUUCAGUGAUGGAGAGACGGCCUUAACCUUGAGCGAGCUUGGCCUGACCAGCAAACAAGAAGCCUUAUUUCUGGAGUUGAUCUAG